UCAUGUUUUGACUAUAAUUCUGUUUCAACUUUCUAUAUUAGGUGCAGACUACAAAUUGCUCCACAAAAUAAAAAUGCCGAACUUGAUACUACUAUACAGUAUCUUUUCAACAACCUCAGUUCAGGCAUGCUGGUUCUUCAGUAGCAGUCCAUCACCACCACCAUGUUCUCAAGCUUCAAAAUCCUUGGACCAGUUACCUGUACCUGUCCCUCCGGGACCACCAACCUCACCACCACCAGGAAGGGAAUACUCCUCCACACAAACUUACUCAUCAUCACGAAUGUCACCACCAUUAAUUUACUCUUCAGCAUCUUCUACCUCAGAAAGUAACUAUUCUCCUUCCAAAAUGGAACGAGCACGUGUAACAUCUGUAUUAUCAAAGCAGUCCUAUUCAGAAAAUGAACAAGCAUCCUCAACGGUUAUAGAAUCUUCUGAAAAUGUUUCCACCUAUGACAUUUCUACAUGUGAUGACCAAACUUCAAAUGCAUCCUAUCCAACAACCACAUCUUUCUUUGAACAAAGAGAAUUGCCCAAACGUGACUUGAGCUGCAUCAUGUUCGAUGAUUCAGUGUGUUCUAUAACUUGCAACCAGGUAUGUUCGCUAUAUAAUUUUGAAAGCACAGGAAUCUGCACUGAAGAAAAAUCUUGUUACUGUACCAUAAUAGAAAUGAAAUCACCCAAAAUUAGUAUUGACAAAUUUGAAAAUCUAUCUUUGGAUGAUUUAUGGGACUAUAAAUUUGUCAAAUCCACCAUCUCAGUCAAGGUGUUAAACCAAAUAAAAAAAUACCCCAAGAUGGCUACGAAAAUACAGGAAAUGCUUCAAAAACCUCUUCGCACUGGUGAUGACAUAAAGAAUAGACUCAUUACUGCGUAUCCUGAAUGGACUGCAUUACUCAACCUCAAAUCACGUAAAAGGGCACCAAUAAAUUCCUUCAUUGAUGACAAGUAUAAAUUAGACGAAUCUGGAUUGCAGAAACGCAUCAAGAAAUCUGUUGAAAAAUACAAAGACUAUAUCCUGGGAGAAUUUUCAUCUAAAGAUUACCUCAAUAACCUAGCAACAUUUUUAGACACACUGAAUGAUGAAAAUCAACUCAAAUAUAUUUUGAAAGAAAUCAGUUAUACUCAAGCAAAGCCCCUCAUAAAAUACAUGAAAAACUAUCUCCAAGACAGGGGGUUAGACUUUAGCGAUGAAGACCUGCAAACUUAUGAAUACGAUUAUGUAGAUGUGGAUUAUGUCGAUAACAUUGUAGAGGGAGUAAUAAUCAAACAAUUCCUCAACAUGAUCUCCACCAAGUCUGGAACUUCUGGUAUUGCAUCUACGAAGUUCAACAAUAAAAAAUCUUCCAAAACGAAAACAACCCAGCAGAAAUCCGUAACCAAUACUCAAGAAAUAAUGACAACUUCUACUCAAACUGCACAGAGCAAAUCUGACUCAGUGACCUACAAUAAUGUAGAUCAAUGCUCAUGUCCGAGUAAAAAAUCAUCUGCUCAAAGUUUAAAUGACGAUAGUCGUUGGGUCCUGCCAGGAUUUGAUGCCUAUAAUUUUGUAGCUGAUUGUUCAGGCGCAAUAAAUGAGGAAUGGAGCACAUCAGACUACUAUGUUCACUACACAAGAGGAGCCUCAGGAGCUUACGAGGUGGUUUGGAGAAAAGGAAAUGAUAAUGUGAACAUCAGAGUAGGAGCUAGUGGAGCUGUUACACAAGAAUGGCGUCUCAAUGGAGCGUCUGUUUCACUGUCAGUAGGAGCCAGUGGAGCUGUAACUCAAACUUGGGAAUUGGGAGAAGUUAGUUAUUACUAUAGUAUGGGAGCUUCAGGAAGUGUAACAAGAAGAUGGAGAAAUGGAUACAGGGAUCAAAGUAUUUUGGCUUUAUAUGAAGGCUACAUAUCAUCUUGGUGUUCUAAAAAUUACUUCUUGGUUGAUGGUGGACAUUGCGUUGUAUAUUAAGUAACACAGUAGUCGAAUAAAAAAUUGAUGAAUUUCAAAAGAUUUGUUUGUUUUUCUUAUAGAACGAAUUGAUGCUGAUCCUUUUUUGUAUUCAAUACAUGAUAAGCGUAGGUACAACUUCAAUUUUUAGGCGUGGAAUUACA